GCGGGGCCCGGAGCGGGGCCGGACGCUCUGGGGGCGGAGCCCAGCCCGUACGGCCCCGCCUCUGAAGCGGACGGGGCGUGGCCCGCCGCGCGCGGGCGUGCAGACUGCGCAUGCGUUCGACACGCCACUGCCUCGCCAUGGCUGGGAUAGGAGCUUGCGGUGAGUGUCGCGUUGCGUCCGGUUCGGCUGCAGUCGGUGAUGGCGGAGGCUUUGGGCGCGGUCCGGUAGGGGCAUCAGGGAAGUACCUGGUGCCUGGAUAUCCGGGAAACCUCGAGAAUCGCUACGUGGCCGAAGGCUGCCGGCCAAGCAUCCGCUCGGCGAGGGCUUUUUCAUUCAGCACGUACCACUGUGCCCUCGCCGCACGUGUUGCAGCCCGCAUGCCACCUCCAGAAAUCACAGAACCUUGCGGCCCACUGACGCUGUACGCAGAGUGCCGGGAGCCGUGCUUAGUGAUCUUCGAUUUUCACAAGGGCCCUGCAGGGAAAACGCUUGGCACGUAGAAAGGUUCAACGAAUUGGAUGCAUGCAUGCAUGAACGAACCUACACUAGUCCAGAAGGUAGGAUGGCCACACAAGCUUUCUCUGAGGCAGUGACAUUUGAUCUGAGACCUGAAAAAGCCAGCCAUGUGAAGAAAAUCUGGGAAAAGGGUGUUGUAGGCACGAAGCACAGAGGACACCAAGGCCCUGAGCAGGAACAAGUCCAGUAAGAGUGAAGAGCAGAGAGAGGUGUGAGGGAGAGAGGCACAGCUAAGGCUUGAGAGCCCAGAGCCCGCGGUGAGGAAAUGGACUUCAUUCUCAGGGCUCAAGGUCACAUUCCUAGUGAAUGCUAGGGCUGGAAUUCAAGCACCUCGUCAGCCUGUAAAACCUAAUCUCUCACCUUUGUCCCAGGAUGAUACCCACCUCACAGACCCGUCCAGGUCACUAGAGAAAACUUAGAACGUGCCUGGCGCAAGAUAGACGUGCAGCCGGUGUCCCCUUUCUCCUGGUUUUCCUGUAAAGGUUUGAUCCUGUCACACACUCACUACUAAUUGAUCACUCUAAAUUAUUCUUCUUUAUUCGUCCAUAAUGCUUUUUGCCUACUGGUUCACUUUAGUAUAAAUAUGACCACAUGCAUUUUCUAUUGAUUCAACUGAUCAGUAUAUCUUUACUUGUAUUUUUAGCCCUCUGGUGUCAUCUUAGCCCUGGGUCCUUUGUCCUAGCCCCUGGCUUUACAUGUUAUUCCAGAUUUGUAUCUCGCCCACUCCUUACCCUUGACCUCCAGGUUUGACUGUCAGCUGUCUACACCAUGUCUCGGAUGCCCAGGUUCCCUCCUGGGCUCCUCCUCUUCAGUCCUCCCGUUUUCUAAUCAGCCUGUGCCCACCCCCCACCCCACCAUCAGCUCCACCAGCUCUGUAAAUGCCACUGCAGUGUACCUUGUCCCUGAAGCUAGGUCCCUCCUGCGUCUUCCCCGUGCCUCAGUGCCCCUAGCCAGCCUGUCCGCGGGCCCUGUUGGUUGGGCCCUGCAGGCAGGGCCCACGUCCCCUGCUCCUCUCCAUCUGUUGCCACCUGUGCCGGCCAUUCUGCCUCUUCGCCCGCCUGGCCGUCAGAGUCGCCUCCCAAAUGGUCCCCUUCCGCUUUGCUCCCCUGCAGCCACUUCCCCCACGGCAUUUGGGAAAAAGGUUUAUAAAGUAUCAGAUGGUCCUUCUGCCUAGAACCUCCCAGGGAUUUCUUUUUCCAUUUAGAAUAAGACCCAAGCUCCUGACCGUGAUGCCUAAGGCCCUACAGCUAAUCUGGCCCCUGCCUUCCUCUCCAGCCUCAUUCCACCACCACCUGUUGGCCAUGUUCUAGUUAAUAGUGGCUUCCUUUCUGCUCUUGAACAGACCAAGCACCUGCCUGACUCAGGACCUGGGACUUGCUAUUUCCUUUCCUAGAAUACACUCUCCUCGACUCUUCAUUGCAGGGUUUUUCUCAUUCUGCGUGUCUUCACUCUGCUGUCACCUCAAAGAGCUGAGCCCUGCCCUAUUAUUGAAGUCCGAUGCCCUGAUCCCACCUUUUGGUUACCGUCUCUUGUAUCAUGUUUUAUUUCCCACAGAAUACUAUCACCGUGUUCAUUUUGCUUGUUGUCUGACUCUACCACAGGAUAUAAGUUCUAUGACAAUAGGGACCCUUUUUACCUUAUUUGCUCCUGUGUCCUCAUUGCCUCAUAUGUAGCAGUUACUUUUUUUUUUUAGGUAGGCUUCAUGCCCAGCGUGCAGCCCAACACUGGGCUUGAACUCAGGACCCUGAGAUCAAGUCCUGAGCUGAGAUCAAGAGUUGGACACUUAACCAGCUGAGCCGCUCAGGUGCCCCUGUAGUGGUUACUUUAAAUAGUUGGAUUUUGUGGCUCAGCUGAACAUGGAGCAGUUUCUGGACCGGAAGAGCUGAGGAAGCCCAAACUUGAGCUGAAGCAACUCUACUGAGGUCAGCCCCAUGGCCGUUCCACACUAUUCACACGAGACUUCCUAUUUGCUGCCUCCAAACAGUAAGGACUGGGAAGGGCAUGGCAUUCCUGACUUUGUCUACGGGCAGGAGGAGCUGGUGCUGGAAGGGAUUCAGUGGCCGAGGGACGCGCCCGGCCUCCCAGAGGACGCCGUACCACCGUCUCGCUUCGACUCUGUGCUCUGCUCCGCCUGGAGGCAGCGGAUGGAGCUGGGGCUGUUCCGCUACCGCCUGGGGGAGCUGCAGACCCAAACCCUCCCCGGUGCCGUGGGUUUUGUGGCUCAGCUGAACGUGGAGCGAGGUGCGCAGAGGAGGCGCCCCCAGAGCAUCAGUAGUGUGAAGCAGGCGUUUGACCCUGCACUGUUUAACUUCAACAAGAUCCGGCCAGGAGAAGUCCUCUUCCGUCUGCUCCGGGAGCCCGAUCUGCCAGGCGCUCUCCAGCAAGAGGACAUCCUCGUAAUGAUCAAUGUCAGCCCCUUGGAGUGGGGCCACGUGCUGCUGGUGCCCGAGCCCACCCGUGGGCUCCCCCAGCGCCUGCUGCCCGGUGCGCUGCGGGCCGGGGUCGAGGCUGUGCUGCUGAGCUCACACCCAGGCUUCCGCGUCGGCUUCAACAGCCUGGGUGGCUUGGCCUCAGUGAACCACCUCCACCUGCACGGGUAUUACCUGGCCCACAGACUGCCUGUGGAGGGAGCACCGAGCGAGCCCCUGGACCCCGGGGGGCAUCUGCACCUCCUCCAGGCCGUCCCAGCGCCCGCCUUCCUCUUUUACACUAGCGGGCCGGGGCCUGACUUGGAAGCCUUGAUAGGCAGGGUAUGUCGGGCCACCGACUAUCUGACUGACCGCGAGAUCGCCCAUAAUUUGUUUGUGACCCGGGGGGCCCCACCUGGAAAGACAUCACCCUCCUCGGCUCUCACGGGGGUCCGAGUGAUUCUGUGGGCCCGGAAGUCCAGUUUUGGGGUAAAGGAAGGCGAGGCGUUCAAUGUCGCCCUCUGUGAGCUGGCCGGGCACCUCCCUGUCAAGACGUCCCAGGAUUUCAGCAGUCUGACAGAGGCGGCUGCUCUGGCCCUCAUUCAAGACUGUCUGCUGCCCCCCGCCCAGGCAGAAGAGGUCCAGGCAGCGCUAGUGGCCUUGAUAGCCCAGGACGAGCAGUAAUCCUUCCGGAAGUAUUUAUUUUUUACCCGGUCUAAGUCCCUUUCCAGAGAGCCGUCCACAGGGUCCACAGGGGUCGUUUGGGCAUUUCUGUGACUGCCUUCUUACCUGUCUCAGCCUAAGGGGACGGGUAAAGAAUUGACAAGUGGCCUCUUUAAAGAGAAGAAACGUUAGAAUAAAUCGAACAAAUGAG